CUUUCUCUUUGAGGCAGUUUUCGCGCCGCUGUGUGGGUGGUUCACUUUGAAUUCCUUUCGUCCAAUAGUAGCUCACCCACGGAGCACGUGUCUCUCCGUCUGGACCAAUCAGCGCUGCCCUGACUCCGGCAGCUCCUUCAUAAAGCCGCUGUUCCCGCUCUCACAGCAUUCGUUCUUGAUCUGUGAGCACAGAGCAGACUGAUAAAUCACGAUGGCCAGAACCAAGCAGACCGCCCGUAAGUCCACCGGAGGAAAAGCUCCCAGGAAGCAGCUGGCGACCAAAGCCGCCCGUAAGAGCGCCCCGGCCACCGGCGGAGUGAAGAAGCCCCAUCGCUACAGGCCCGGUACCGUGGCUCUGAGGGAGAUCCGUCGCUACCAGAAGUCCACCGAGCUGCUGAUCCGCAAGCUGCCCUUCCAGCGCCUCGUCAGGGAGAUCGCUCAGGACUUCAAGACCGACCUGCGCUUCCAGAGCUCCGCCGUCAUGGCUCUGCAGGAGUCCAGCGAGGCUUACCUGGUCGGUCUGUUCGAGGACACCAACCUGUGCGCCAUCCACGCCAAGAGGGUCACCAUCAUGCCCAAAGACAUC